AGGCUGAGGCAGAAGAAUCUCUUGAAUCCCAGAGGUGGAGGUGUAGUGAACCAAGAAUACACUGUGGGAGAGCCAGAAGUCAGCCUAAUCUUUCUUCUAGUGGGCAAAAGCAGAAGACACAGUUUAAUCUGUCUCUUGGUUGGUUGAAAUCUAAACUAUGUCCUGUGAAUGACUGACUACAUCACUCUGCUCCUCCCCUGGUUCUGGGAGUAGUGAGAACAGGGCCCUUGGUGAACACCUGUCAUAGCUGCAGACAGUACUGCUUCUUUCUCUCUUGUUUUUUAUCAUGCUGCAUAACCUUGAGCAAGUUAUUUAAUCUCUCCAUUUUCUUGUGAUAACUGGAGAGUAUUCAUGUCUCAACCUGAGACAUAGUGUUUUCAAAAGUUAUUACUUUGUUAUUUAUUAUUGCUAAUGUUUAUAAAGCGCCUCACACACUGCUGGGUUACACAGCAGGUGUUCAAGGAGUAACUGUCAUCAUGUUAGGCUGUCUAACUACAUAGCAUUCUCUUUUUUCCCUAUACCAGUAAAUACACCAGAGGAUUGCCUCUGAAGAUAAUAUGGUAUGCAUGGAGAACAGACAGGGUGGAUGGUGAAUCCCUAGACCUGGGUUCUAAUUUACCCUCUGACAAUAGUAGGCUCUGUAGUUUUGGAAAGGUCACUUGAACCAUCUGAGCCUUAGUGUGUUUAUCUGUGAAAUGGUCAGUGGUGGGGGGGUUGGUCAUAACAGUGGCAUCCAAAGAUUUAACAUUUUAAAUAUUAUGAUCCCUUCCCUCUUUCUCUGAGGAUUGUCAUAUAUUCUUGGAGAAUUAACAUACCUUGUGUAGGAGUUAGAAAAUCAACUUUCAACUUUCCCGUCUUUUCAGUUCCGCUUUCCAACUCCCUCCAGCACAGAGUGCCAAGAGUACUUUAGGCUGAAAUCCUAAUCCAUCUAGGAAUGCUGUUGAAUGUGAGCUCCUUUUUCCCUCUUCUGGAGCCUCUAGGGCUGAGUUGGAGCUUGUGGGCCAUAGGGUGACAGGGUCAUUUGGAGCACAGCAGUUGGUUACCUGAAGGGGCCAGAACAAAUGACUGCUGAGCGCCACCCCCAAUUCCUGAUCUCACCACAGCCACUCAUAGAACCAGAUCUUCAGCUCUGCAACUCCAGGCAACUCUGCCUUAGAACAAGGAUUGCUUUUCCAGCUCACCCUGGACAGUAUCAUUCCGUGGAGGAAGACUGUGAGACCUUGGCUGGGAGCCAGGUUGUAGCCACACAUCCGCCCCUGCCCUAGCCCAGAGCCUUGGAGCGUCAGCUGGCUGCAGAUCACAGAUACAGUGAGGAUAUGAGUGUAGGGCUGAACACCUCAGCCCCUCUUUCCCCAGCCUCGGACACAAGCAUGGGCACGUCCACUUUCUCCCUUGUGGACUAUGUGGUGUUCACCCUGCUGCUGGUUCUCUCUCUUGCCAUUGGGCUCUACCAUGCUUUUCGUGGCUGGGGCCGGCAUACUAUCGGCGAGCUGCUGUUGGCGGACCGCAAAAUGGGCUGCCUUCCGGUGGCACUGUCCCUGCUGGCCACCUUCCAGUCAGCCGUUGCCCUCCUGGGUGUGCCGUCUGAGAUCUACCGAUUUGGAACCCAGUAUUGGUUCCUGGGCUGCUGCUACUUCCUGGGGCUGCUGAUACCUGCACACAUCUUCAUCCCCGUUUUCUACCGUCUGCACCUUACCAGUGCAUAUGAGUACCUGGAGCUUCGAUUCAGUAAAACUGUGCGAGUAUGUGGAACUAUGACCUUCAUCUUUCAGAUGGUAAUCUACAUGGGGGUUGUGCUCUAUGCUCCAUCCCUGGCUCUUAAUGCAGUGACUGGCUUUGAUCUGUGGCUGUCAGUGCUGACCCUAGGCAUUGUCUGUACCAUCUAUACUUCUCUGGGUGGGCUGAAGGCUGUCAUCUGGACAGAUGUGUUCCAGACACUGGUCAUGUUCCUUGGGCAGCUGGCAGUUAUCAUUGUGGGGUCGGCCAAGGUGGGCGGCUUGGGGCAUGUGUGGGCUGUGGCUUCUCAGCACGGCCGCAUCUCUGGGAUCGAGCUGGAUCCAGACCCCUUUGUGCGGCACACCUUCUGGACCUUGGCCUUUGGGGGUGUCUUCAUGAUGCUCUCCUUGUAUGGGGUGAACCAGGCUCAGGUGCAGCGGUACCUCAGUUCCCGCACGGAGAAGGCUGCUGUGCUGUCCUGUUACGCAGUGUUCCCCUGCCAGCAGGUGGCCCUCUGCAUGGGCUGCCUUAUUGGCCUGGUUAUGUUCACGUAUUACCAGGAGCAUUCCAUGAGCAUUCAGCAGGCUCAGGCAGCCCCAGACCAGUUCGUCCUGUACUUUGUGAUCGAUCUCCUGAAGGACCUGCCUGGCCUGCCGGGGCUCUUUGUUGCCUGCCUCUUCAGCGGCUCCCUCAGCACUAUAUCCUCUGCUUUUAAUUCAUUGGCAACGGUGACAAUAGAAGACCUGAUUCGCCCCUGGUUCCCUGAAUUCGCUGAAGCCCGGCCCAUCAUGCUUUCCAGAGGCCUUGCCUUUGGCUAUGGGCUACUUUGUCUGGGAAUGGCCUAUAUUUCCUCCCAGAUGGGACCUGUGCUACAGGCAGCAAUCAGCAUCUUUGGCAUGGUUGGAGGGCCACUGCUGGGACUCUUCUGCCUUGGGAUGUUCUUUCCUUGUGCCAACCCUCCUGGUGCUGUUGUGGGCCUGUUGGCUGGACUUGUCAUGGCCUUCUGGAUCGGCAUCGGGAGCAUCGUGACCAGCAUGGGCUCCCGCAUGUCACCCCCUCCCACUAAUGGGUCUAGCUUCUCCCUGCCCAGCAAUCUAACCGUUGCCGCUGUGACCACGCUGAUGCCCUCGACUAUCCUCUCCAAGCCCACAGGGCUGCAGCGGCUCUAUUCCCUGUCCUACUUAUGGUACAGCGCUCACAACUCCACCACAGUCAUUGUGGUGGGCCUGAUUGUCAGUCUGCUCACCGGGGGAAUGCGGGGCCGGUCCCUGAACCCUGCGACCAUUUACCCAGUAUGGCCGAAGCUCGUGGCCCUCCUGCCCUUGUCCUGUCAGAAGCGGCUCCACUGUGGGAGCUACAGCCAGAACCACCUCAUAAAUGGUGAGCUGUUUUCCAAGAAGCUGAGGAAUGGUGUGCUAGGGGACAGCAGAGACAAGGAGGCCAUGGCCCUGGACGGCAUGGCCCAUCAGGGGAGCAACCCCACCUGCAUCCUCCAUGAGACCUCCCUGUGAUGUUGACUCAGGACCCCGCCUCUGUCCUCACUGUGCCAGGCCGUAGCCAGAGGCCACCCUGUAGUACAGGGAUGAGUCUUGCUGUGUUCAGGGACAGGCCUGGAUGACCUCACUCAUACCAAAAGACCUUGUUCUUAGAGGUUCUCACCGGCAGUAGAAGCUAUCACAUCUCAAGCAUGUGAGGCACUGUUUCCCUCGUCGCCUGCCAAUCUGUUUUCUAAAGGACCAGGCUUGGGAGCAGGAUCAUGUCAGAAAUAAGGAUCGAAGUGCAUCCUCUGGGGAAAAGAUAAUGGCUUCUGAUUCAACAUAGCCAGAGUCCUUUGAAGUGGCUAGAAACAGCACUCCGGUUAUAACUGCCCCAGGGCCCGAUUCAAGACUAACAGUCUUCACAGUGAAACUGGAAGCUGCGUCCCCUGUAGUCCACAUCUCAGCACCAGUUCUGCCAGCCACAGUGGGCCCCUGUGGUUACUUUCAGAUUGUGACACUCAAGCCCGUCUCAUUCUUAUCUGUCUACCUCUAUUGUGAAGAGGGAGGUUUUGGUGUCCCUGGGUCUCUGGGAAUAGAAGGUCCAUUUGUCUCCUUUGUGUAGAGCAGGCAAGUUUUCUGCCUCACUGCGUCCAUCCUCCACCUCUGAGAUGGACACUUAGAGACAGGGGUAAAUGUGGAUCCCAGAAACCAGGGCCGUGACUGGGUCCACUGUGGAACAGCCAUCUAUUUACCCGCCUCCUGGGCCAGGCCACCGUAGUGUAAUUUCUGUCAUCUCUGCCCGGUUUCCUUUUGGAGUUUCUUCCCCACAUAUCAUUGUUCCUGAGGAAUAAAAACUACCAUUGGACCUAGAA